AUGAGACUCCUCAAUACCAAGACGCUGCAGGUCGAGGCCCUGGAAGAGGGGUCUGAGAAAUACGCCAUCUUGUCACAUACCUGGGGUAACGAUGAGGUCCUCUAUCGCGACAUACAGGAUCCCACGCGGAUGGAGGAGAUUCGGAAGAGGAAUGGUGCUGGGUACCGCAAGAUAGCGCAAUCCUGCGAGAAGGCAUUGAGUCGCGGGCAGGACUAUAUCUGGAUUGACACGUGCUGCAUCGACAAAUCCAGCAGCGCAGAGCUCUCUGAGGCUAUCAACUCUAUGUUUCGCUGGUACACCAACGCAUCGGCAUGCUACGCAUAUCUCUCCGACGUCUUUCUCCACGAGGUUGGGGUUGAAGUGGUAGAUGCUUUGAAGAAGAGCCGCUGGUUCACCCGCGGCUGGACCCUGCAGGAGCUGAUUGCGCCCAAUGACGUUGAAUUCUUCGAUCACAAUUGGUCGCCGCUUGGCGACCGACAUACUCUGGCCUCGACGAUUCGUGAGAUCACAGGUGUUGACCAGUCGUAUCUGCAUAGGCCGGAUGCGAAGAAAGAUCGCAAGAUUUCGACACAGCUGCAGCGUGAAAACGUGGCCACAAGGAUGGGCUGGAUGGCCCAGAGGGAAACCACCCGUGUGGAGGAUAUGGCAUAUUCCAUGCUGGGAAUCUUCAACAUCAACAUGCCCAUAUUGUAUGGCGAGGGCAACAGGGCCUUUCUGCGACUACAGGAGGAAAUUCUCAAACAGUCUCAAGAUCAGUCCAUCCUCGUAUGGAGAUGGCCCUUGUCCCGCAAACCCGAGGAGAAGGCUCACCGGAUGCACUUCCUGGCCGAUAGCCCGGCCAACUUCAAUCUACGCACAUACGCAGGACAGGAAGAUUCUGGACUGUUCGGGAUCCGGUUGACAGACCAAGGGCUGGUCCUACGCGUCUGGAAGUGCCCGUGCAAACUAACGCGCUGGAACCACGACAAGACUGAGCUUAUAGACGCAGGAAACCGAUGGCUUGCUGUUCUCGACUGCAGUCUGUCGCCGGAUACUCUGUCAAGGCCGGCAAUAAUUCUCGGCGAGAGCCCAUACGCCGAAGGCGUCUUUCGACGAGAACCCACAAGCGUCAUAAUGGUGAUAGAGCACGAUCAACUCAAGUCGGGCUACUUGGAUACCGGCGGUGAUCGAAAUGCAAUCCAUUCCAUUGAGUACAAACCAGAAUUUAAGACCGAAACAAUUUUGCUCGAGUCGGAUUCAGUCGAACCUGAAUCUCGUCUGCGGGGAAGCUUCCCUUUCAAGGUCAAUAUGAUCCUCAAGGAGCGCGAGCUUAAGCAGCGCGCGGCCUACACCGGAUCUCAACGAUACAUUGUUGCGGGACAGCUGGCGAACAAGCCAACACAAAACCCUAUUUACGGAGUGAUAUUCCUCGGAGACGAUGAGACAAACACUGAGCUCGUUGUGUGGUGGGGUCUGAUAGAAGAAGGCACCGCCAUGUACGACGUGCACAAUCGCCACAACGGACCUCGAGUCUGGAGUAACAGCGUUCCGGUAUGUUUCGCGCAGUCGUGGAAGAACCUCACGGGUUCCGAGAUAUGGGACGGCUCUCUCGCCGAGUCUCUAGCCGUGAACAUGCUCUGCGAAGAGUUCCCCCUUCCAUGGAAAGGAACGGAGCGGCCGUCGGUGGUGGAGGUGCAAGACGGGCUGGAUCUGCAGAACGUGAUCAACGAAAGCAAACCCAUGGCGACGGAGACGGUCAUCGAGCUGUUCACGCAGUGCGCCCAGCCGGUGAUAGAGUGUGUUGGCUGGGGCAUGAGGCUCAAGGCGUCGAUGAAGAGGGUGGAGUUCCUGGGACGGCUGUGCUGUGAGUUAGAUAUCGAGGAGAAGAACCCGAACGUUGAGAUUCCGUGA